AUGGGCGAACGCCGCAAACUGGGCGAUGUCGCCAUGGACCUCGUGCUUUUUGCCGGCAUGAUGACAGCUGGUCUGUAUAUUGCGCGCAAUUUCUUGAACCCCAUCCUCAGCAACCUCGCCGACCCCGACAAGGAGAAACACGACCAAGCCAGACAGAAAGCCAAAGCCCACCUUGAACGCAUAAACCGACGACGCCAAAAUGAGGCUGGUGUCGGUGAAGGAAGCGAUGACUAUCGGAAUGAGUCGCGGGUGGAAGACUUGGUCCUGAACGAAUACGAAAAUUUAAUUGCGCUGGAGAUGGUCGCUCCCGAAGACAUCCAUGUUGGCUUCGAUGCUAUCGGAGGUCUGGAUAUGAUCAUUGAAGAACUUAAGGAAUCCGUUAUCUACCCUCUCACCAUGCCACACUUGUACUCGCAUGCCGCACCGCUUCUGUCGGCUCCCUCCGGCGUGCUUCUCUUCGGCCCCCCCGGCUGCGGAAAGACCAUGCUCGCGAAGGCGCUUGCUCACGAGAGCGGCGCUUCUUUUAUCAACCUACACAUUUCUACCAUGACGGAAAAGUGGUACGGCGACUCCAACAAGAUUGUCAAAGCCGUCUUCUCGCUGGCGCGCAAGAUGCAGCCUGCCAUCAUCUUCAUUGACGAGAUUGAUGCUGUUCUCGGCACUCGACGCAGUGGCGAGCACGAGGCUAGUGGCAUGGUCAAGGCUGAAUUCAUGACGCUGUGGGAUGGACUGACUUCUGCCAACUCCUCUGGCAUGCCCGCACAGAUUGUUGUCCUCGGCGCCACAAACCGUAUUCACGACAUCGACGAAGCGAUUCUGCGCCGAAUGCCCAAGAAAUUCCCCGUCCCGCUUCCCGGCCAAGAGCAGCGCCGCCGCAUCCUUCAACUCGUUCUACAGGACUCCAAGACGGACCCGCAACACUUUGACAUCGACCAGGUGGCCAAGCUCACCGCCGGCAUGUCCGGAAGCGAUAUUAAGGAAGCCUGCCGUGACGCCGCCAUGGCACCCGUCCGCGAGUUUAUGCGUGAGAACCGCGGCACCGGCCGGCCCAUGCACAAUGUCGAUGGUUCGCAGUUUCGCAGUAUUCGAACCGACGACUUCUUUAGCAAUCGAGGCGGCCAGCUGCCGCUAGGAAACGGUGGUCUGCGCAAGGCGGGCAAACGCAGGGGACAGAGCAACAAGGGCGGCGGCACGCAGAGUGAUGAAUACGAAGACGUUGAUGAGUUAGUUGCUGAAGAGCAAGAUUUAUUUAGACUGGAUAUGCCCUGA